GUCAAGUUCACUUUUACCCUCCGACGCCCGCGACCGACUGAUGGAAUGGGCGAAAAUGGGAGAACCUUCACAUGCAGCAGCAGCGUUGACACAGAGAAGCUAGGCGUGGAGGGCGUGGAUACUCGAAUACUCGAACGUGGACAAUAAUCGUCGUAAAUUAGACGGUUUUUUAUGUAGUGUUAGGAACGUUUGUUUAUCAAAGUAUAAACGAUCGAUUGAAUAUAAAUUCGAACAAGUCCCCUGUGCAUCUUUUUUUUCUUGAUAAUAUUUUUUCUAACUAUUGAAAUUCACUGUACGUGAGUAAUAUAUAAUCGUGCAAUGGGCGGUGCGGCGAGAAAUGUUUCUAUUUUAAUGACGCUGUUGAUGGUUUUUAUUUGUGUGGAACAAGGUUUGUCAAUAAAAUGCUGGGUAUGCAGAUCGGAUUUUGAUCCCAAGUGCGCAGAUCCCUUUGACAAUUCCACCAUAGGAUUUUCAGAUUGCAGCCAACUCGAUCCACUCGAACAUUUGCCUGGUGUUGGAAAACCAACAAUGUGUCGAAAGAUUCGUCAAAAAGUUGCUGGUGUUUGGAAGUAUUUCCGUAGUUGUGCGUAUUUGGGUGAGCCAGGAAUCGAAGGGGAUGAAAGAUUUUGUCUGAUGAGAACAGGAUCGUAUAAUGUAUUCAUGGAAUAUUGUACGUGCAACAGUAAAGACGGAUGCAACGGGGGACACAACGUACGCGGAGCUUGGUACAUUCCAAUUAUCGUCGGAUUUUCUAUAAUCGGCUCUGCACGAAUAUUCCUUUAGAGUCCCGAAGCCAAAAAAACCAAAUUACUGUCGAAGAUUUGUCGAAAGACUCUGUGGCAAAGUUUCUUCAUGAUCUCAGAGUUCCUCAGACAAAAUUUAUACCGUAAAAAUUCGCAACGUCACAUGAAUCACGCUUCUACCAUGGCCUUAUGAAUGUAAAAUCUUGCAUCCUGUUUUUUUUUUUUUAUAUAUAUCGCACUACAAAGAUACUCGGUUUACUUGAGGGACUGAAUUUGACGUUUAUAAUCGAGCCAAAUUUUUCGAGGAAACUUCCAUAUUUCUGAAGAACCAUUUUUAAAAAUUUUUGUAAUGUAUUGUACUACGAUGACGAAUUUUCAUUUUUUAUUUCAUUAUAUGCUUGAGAAGUUAUGAGUUUUCCUUUGAUAACUUGGAAAAUAACAAUCAUUCAGAGGAGAAUGAGAGAAAAUUUGAAAAAUUGAGAAAGUUGUGUCGACUCGUAGUAAGAAUUUCGAGGUAAUUCGUUGAAUUUGACAUGGAAAACUUGUUAAAGAUUUAUUUCUUUAGAAAUAACGUACUUUGAAAAAAAGCGGCAAUUUAAUGAACGUUGACUAAAAAAAAUAUUUUGGUAAUAAUUCCAAAACCUCAAUGUCGAAUUUCAUGGAAAAAAUAUAUUUUUCUCUUACGAAAUUAUGUUUCCAACCAUUGAACAAAUGAGAAGUUUCUAUUUUCUAAUAACUUGAUCCUCAUUUUAUACAUUUAACAAUUUUAUAAGCGAAUGAAGGUACAUUAAAAAUAACUUCUCUUACUCGGAAACAUAAUAUUCGACUUCACAUUGAAAUAAAAAAAAUUGAUGAAUAAUUAAUUGUUCACGUAGUUCGUGCAGAGGUCGCAAUCUCAUUAGCGAAUAUUUUAACGCUAGUCAAUUAUCGCGACUCAGGUUAUUCGAGUCUUGCUGCUUUUCUACAAAGAAACAUGGAAAAUUGUAAUAAUUUUCACAUUCAGUGCAAAGGACAUUUUUUGUUGCAAGAUUUGAAAUCUUCGAAAACUAUUGGAACAUCCAUCAGUUAGGUUCAACGAAUAUCCAUCAUUGUUUAAUUUUUGUAGUACAACUCCAACAGGUGUAAAGACUAGUAGAAACAAGGAAAAAAUUAAUGGAUUCUAACAAAGCGAAUUUCAUCAUUUUUAAAAGUAACAAAAAAUAUUCAUGAAAGUUAUUUUUUUUCUCAAUUCGAGCCACUCUUAAAUAAGUGCCUUAGCCAAUAAAUUAAUGACACGUGAGAAUCUCCAUUAAAUCUCAUAAGUCAUACUGUCUUAUUCCAAAGUAGUACAAGCUAUUAAUAUUUUUUAUACUCACUUGAGCAAUUUACCGUCCCUGGAUAAAAAUUUUUUAUACAUAAAUAUAUAUAUAUAUAUCUACAUAUAAACAUCAAUUUUAGGGGUUUAUCGGGUCUAAGAAACUCGGGAAUGCGCAAAACUCACGAUUUUCAUUCACACAGUUUUUUGAGAAAAAAUAAGAAGAGAUUGAAGAUUAUGCUUGUACCUGUCAUCUUGAGCCUGAUUGGCCAAUUGAAAAAAAAACCUCAAUAGUCAGUUGUUUUGCGAAAAACACAACAUUCCUUAUUUUGUAGUCUCGCAGACCCGCAAGUAGGCAGUAUAAAAAUUAUUUGUGUACUCCUAAAGGGGGCAUCAACACGCGCAGAGAAGUUGAAAAAGUGAAUCCUCAUUUUUUUACUUCAAUGGAAAAUCCAAGAUUAGAAGAAAAUACCAAAAUAUUGGUGACUACUUUCAUACAUUCAAUUAUGGAAAUGGGAAGAACAUGCAAUUUCUGGGAACAAAAAAUAGUUUCAGCUAAAAACUUCAUUCGUUCAUUCAUUCAUUCUACUUCCCUGGGCAUACGUAUUGCCUAUUUUAAGGAUAAGACUGCCAAUACCGUCCAGAAAAAAAAAAUUCAAUUGAGCACAGUACUCAAAUAGUAUUUAACGAAUAGCCACUUUGGCCCUAGUAAUAAAUAUUUAAAAAAAUAUUAUUCUGACAAAUCUGCUGGAAUUUAUUGUUACUGUAACAAAUGAUUGAAUAUUUAUAUAUACAUCAUCUUUGUAACAGCGAAUUGAAACAUUGACGAAGACACACGAAUGAGAGAAGUGUCGUAACGAAUCAUUGUAAUGAAUUUUCAAUCAACUACAACACAUUAUUUGAUACAAAACAAAAUAACACAGAAUAUGAGAAUGUAAAAGCAGGGGAAAUACGAUUCGAAAAUGUACAUUUUUUUAUAAAUAACAAUUUUGACUAAUUUACUUAAAGUCUAAUAAAAAAAUGUUUUUACAAAA